AUGGUUUUCUAUUGGCCAAACAUGAAGAAAGAUAUUUCUAAGUGGGUUUCUGAGUGUGACAUUUUCCAAAGAGUAAAGAAUGAGAACAUUCAACCACCAGGGCUCCUGCAGCCCCUUCCUAUCCCAGAAUUACCAUGGCAAGACAUUGCUAUGGAUUUUAUUGAAGGGCUUCCUUUUUCAGAUUCCUAUGGGGUCCUUACCCCACAUUACCCGUACUACUGUUGGACUACAACUAGCAGAGAGACAAUAAUUUCUACAAAAUCUAAAGGAAAAUUUAAAGCAAGCCCAAGCAAGAAUGAAGUUUUCGCAGACAAACACAGAACAGAUAGGGAACUGCAAGAAGGGGAUUUGGUGUAUCUCAAGUUACAACCAUAUCACCAAUCAUCAGUUGCAGUGAGGAGAAAUUUGAAGCUAAGUGCUAGGCACUAUGGGCCUUACAAAAUCAUACAGAAGGUGGGUUCAGUGGCUAACUGUUUAGAUCUUCCUCCAGGUUCACAGAUCCACCUAGUAUUCCACGUGUCACAACUGAAACGCAGGGUUGGCCCAGAUAUCACACCACAACAGCAGCCUCCAGCUUGUGACUCCGACAGAAGGAUUCUGAUACAACCAGAGGCUAUUUUACAAUGA